UCCUUAUUAGCCGAGAUGCCCAGACAAUUUCCAAAGCUGAACAUCUCUGAGGUUGAUGAGCAUGUACGACUUCUAGCAGAGAAAGUAUUUGCUAAAGUUCUCAGAGAAGAAGACAGCAAAGAUGCGUUGUCACUAUUCAGCGUGCCUGAAGACUGCCCUAUUGGGCAGAAAGAGGCCAAGGAAAGGGAGCUGCAGAAGGAACUGGCAGAACAACAGUCUGCGGAGACAGCUAAAAGGAAGAAAAGUUUCAAGAUGAUUCGAUCCCAGUCUUUGUCAUUACAAAUUCCAUCUCAGGAAUGGAAAGCACCAUCGGUCAAUCCUGUUCUGUCUCCUGCAACGCCAGUUGUUCCAAGUGCUUUUCUGCCAGUCCAAGUGCCAUACGAUGUACCAGAGUUUCAGAGAGUUUCAAUUAGUGGGGACUACUGUGCAGGGGUUACAGUUGAUGAUUAUGAACAAGCUGCCAAGAGCCUGGUGAAAGCUCUUCUCAUUCGAGAAAAGUAUUCACGUCUUGCCUACCAUCGCUUCCCAAGAAUAACAUCUCAGUAUUUGUGUAGCAUGCAAGAUGAGAAAUGGAGGGUUGAGGAUGAAGUGUAUCCAGAUUUCCAUUCACCCCCAGAAGAAAACGAAGAUCCUUACAAUCUUGAUGAUGCUCCAGACAAUUUGGAUUAUGUUAUCAAGAUAAAAGGUGGCAUUCCCUUUGUUUACGAUAACAAAGAAAUGAUGGAACUCAAUGAGCCUCGGAGUCUGCCAUAUCCUGACCUUGAGACAUACACCCUUGACCUGAGCCACGUUCUUGCUCUAAUUGCAGAUGGGCCAACGAAAACAUAUUGUCAUCGGAGGCUUAACUUUUUAGAAUCUAAAUUUAGUUUACAUGAGAUGUUAAAUGAAAUGUCGGAAUUUAAAGAAUUAAAGAGUAAUCCCCAUCGAGACUUUUAUAAUGUGAGAAAGGUUGAUACUCAUAUCCAUGCUGCUGCUUGCAUGAACCAGAAACACUUAUUAAGGUUUAUUAAGCACACAUAUCAAACGGAGCCCGACAGGAUUGUUGCAGAGAAGAAAGGCAAGAAGAUGACUUUAAAGCAAGUCUUUGAAAGCCUUCACAUGGACCCUUAUGACCUCACUGUAGACUCUUUAGAUGUCCAUGCAGGUCGUCAAACGUUUCAUAGAUUUGACAAAUUUAAUUCCAAGUACAAUCCGGUUGGUGCCAGUGAGCUGAGAGACUUGUAUUUGAAAACUGAGAACUACAUUGGUGGUGAAUAUUUUGCUCGUAUGGUCAAGGAAGUAGCCCGUGAACUAGAAGAAAGUAAGUACCAGUAUACAGAACCCCGCUUAUCCAUUUAUGGACGGUCUCCAGAUGAAUGGCUGAACUUGGCAAAAUGGUUCAUUAAGCAUAAAGUUUAUUCCCCUAAUAUGCGCUGGAUAAUUCAGGUUCCCAGAAUCUAUGACAUAUUCAGGUCAAAAAAUAUUCUGCCUAGUUUUGGGAAGAUGUUGGAGAACAUCUUUGUACCUUUGUUUGAAGCAACAAUCAAUCCUAAAGACCACAAAGAAUUGCACCUUUUCCUCAAAUAUGUGACUGGCUUUGAUAGUGUUGAUGAUGAGUCCAAACAUAGUGGCCAUAUGUUCUCUGACAAAAGCCUUAACCCUGACCUCUGGACCAGUGAGAAGAAUCCCCCGUAUAGCUAUUAUUUGUAUUAUAUGUAUGUGAACAUCAUGUUGCUAAACAACCUUAGACGGUAAUGGAACUUGCUUUUUGAAAGAGGCAUGUGUACUUUUCUGUUUCGACCACACUGUGGAGAAGCUGGGUCUAUCACACACCUUGUAUCAGCCUUUCUGACAGCAGACAACAUUUCUCAUGGAUUGCUAUUGAAGAAGAGUCCUGUCCUCCAGUAUCUUUAUUAUCUUGCACAAAUACCCAUUGCUAUGUCCCCACUCAGUAACAACAGCCUAUUUCUGGAGUACUCAAAAAAUCCACUACGGGAAUUUCUACAUAAGGGACUUCACGUCUCUCUCUCCACGGAUGAUCCUAUGCAGUUUCAUUAUACAAAGGAAGCUCUCAUGGAAGAAUAUGCAAUUGCAGCCCAGGUGUGGAAACUAAGUACCUGUGACUUGUGUGAAAUAGCAAGAAACAGCGUACUACAGAGUGGAUUGUCAGAUAAGGAAAAACAGAAAUUCUUAGGGGUGAAUUACUGUAAAGAAGGGCCUGAAGGAAAUGACAUUCGAAAAACAAAUGUAGCACAGAUCCGGAUGGCCUUCAGGUAUGAGACACUGUGCAAUGAACUUAGUUUCCUGUCUGAUGCUAUGAGAACAGAAGAGAUUUCUACUCUGACAAAGUAA